AUGUCGUUCAACUAUAACGCUAAUCAGUUUGAAUCGGCCUAUAAACCUAGGGUUCUGAGGAACUGGCAAGUCCCAAAAUUGACCUGUGACAGGCCUCGUCAGAGAAGCGGACGAACCAAAUUUAUUGCCAAUGAUCGCGGCCAUUUGCUCCCAGGCAUCGAAAAGUCUGGUGCUAAUCCAUGGGGUAACUACGUUGGGACUUGGCGUAUGCCUAAGAAAAUUAAUAGGAAAACCGCUAAUCAGUUAAGUGGUUUGAUGAAAGAAAACCAGCAUAGGGAAAAAUCUGGAAAGCAAAGAUUUGAAAAACUUGAGCAAAAUGAUAUACAGAAAAAAAUGCUAAGAGAGGAUACAAACAAGGAAAAUAUUGAUGAGACCAAUAUAAAACCAGUCCCUUACGUCCCUGGUGAUCUAACAGAAGAAAAGCACCGAUUGUCCAGUCAUAACGAGCUAUCCGCUAAUCGUUUUCCCAAAAAAGACGUAGAAAUUCCUAAAGGCUUCCCAAAUACCAGAGAUGAUUUCUCCCAACCUUUUCCCGAACCAGAAAAAGACACCACGAAGGAGGUAGAAGACUUCUACGCCUUACAUAAAGAAAUGGUAAAUUCCGAAUAUAAUCCAAGUGAAAAGAAAGAUUUGCCGAAGGAAUCAGGAAAGGAUAGGUUAUUGUCUCCUAUUCUUGCUGCUAUAUCAAAUUUUAAUCUAGCUAAAAAACUACAUAAGGAAAAUUUAGAGCAUAACCCUUUGCCCGAUACAAUUACUGAUCAAACCUACCGCAAGAUGCAAAUGCAGAGGCAGGAGAAGGAGCCUGGUUUAUCCAUAAAAGACAAAAAUUAUGCUACAGCUGUCGGAUGGAAGGGAUAUGGAGGAUACGGCCCGACCAGAUGUACCAAACUAAAAGUAUUCCGACCGAAAACUUGUGGUCAUGUGAGAGACCUCAAAGAUGACAACAGCAUCACCAGCUUUGACAAGAAGUGGCGUUUUAUCAGACAAACGAAAGUCAGCCCUAUGGAUCUAGCCAUAUGUUGGGAUUUAACUCCCGAAGAUCCGAAAGACGAACCUAAACCACCCACUCACAUAGACGGCUCCAACGGUUCUGCCGCACCUGCAGUUUUCUCGUUAAUUCACACUCCGAAAGAAGAAGAGGAACCAGAGGAAAAGAAAUGCGACGGGGUUCACGGUUGCGCCCAAAUUUUCAACCAUGGGACCAAGGAGGAUAAUUUGAAAGACUUUUUCUUUGACAGGCCCAAGACUUCUGGUACGAGAAGUCGAGAUAGUAUCAAAUCCGACUCUAACUCGUCCAAACAUAGAGCUAAAAGUGCUAGUAACUUAAAUAGCAACAAUAAUGCGGUACAAAACAAAAUUCACCAAAGUACGCCAAAUCUAAGCGAAGGCGAUAAAUGCAGUGACAAAAACUGUCCGAAAAAACUAAACAGUCAACCGAAUCGUAGACUGUGCAUCGCCUGUGAGCUUAAGAAUAUCCCCAUGCACGAUAAGAGGCCUAAGUCAGACUAUAAAAUGGCAUUUAAGGCAGGUGUCCCUCAAAAAAUUGUAAGUAGAAACUUCCCCAAACUAAGAGUACCUAGACAAAAAGACCCAUUUAGUUUCAAGAACUAUGUUAUCGAUAGCUUAGCACCCCCUUUUUCUUUGCAGAAGAGUAAGAGGCAUGAUUAUCCUGACCACUGGAGGCUGGCUACGGUAUAUCAGCACUCGUAUAAGCCUAUUCCAGCCAGAAAACGGCCUCUGCUUCAAACUGUUUUUAAAUGA